AUGGCGAACCGCAGACCAGGCCUGAGAUCCGGCGGCUCACUCAAUGCCCUAAAGACGGAAAUGCAAGCUGAUCGAGACCGCUUCUCCUCCCGCAUCCAGAAGAAAUGGCUACCACUCCGACUCCGCCCCAAUGCCGCACAGCGCCGUAACCGCCUCUCAAGAGGCAUCGUCAACAACGGAGGCUGGCGCUGCUACCAGAACGCCGUCUACCAAGCACUCUUCCACCAGCCCAUCUUCCUGAACUGGAUCCGCGGCCACAGACCCACAGCAACCAGAACCCACGACCCCGCAGGCUGCACUCUCUGCCGCCUCCGCGGCCUCGUAGAGCGCUACUGGGGCCCGCAGAACCCCUACCAAGCAAUCGGCAAGGACGAGCGUGCCAGGCAGAUCGGACGCGCGGCCGCAGCAGAUUCUGCCAGCGGCGACUUCACCUACGGACAGUAUGCGGACGCGAACGAAUUCUACGAGUGGAUCCUCAGCCAGAUGAGCCAGCCGGGAAAGGACGUCUGGAACGAAGAGCAUCGAGCCUUGUACCAACUCGACAACUACGUAACACUUCGGUGCCACGCAUGCAAUCAAUCGCGCCCCAGCCCGCGAACCUCUAGCUGGGGCAUCGCGGAGCCCAUCAACCCCACCCAACACAGCAUCCAGGACGUGCUGGACCACUACUUCCGCGAAGAUGUGACGGUGAACUGCUCGCUCUGCGGCGCGCAAAAUGUGCCGCAUACACGCGUUACCGAAAUCGAAGCCGCGCCGCAGGUUUUGAAGGUGGCUGUGCGCAUCUUCGACUUCGACGAACAGUGGCAUCCGACGAAGAAGUACCAGCCGCUGCAGAUUCCCGAGGAUCUGGGUUUGACGCAGAACCAGCUGAACAAGGAACUGCCGCUGAGAUAUAAGCUGAGCAGUGUUAUUGCGCAUGGAGGCCAGGGCGGACAUCGGGAUCAUGAAGAUGAGAUUGAAGAGGUGGACAAGCCUGAGGAAAAGGAGGAGGAGAUAAAGAAGCCGAGGGGCGAGGCUGUGGAAGUUGAUGAGAAUGACCAGGAGUCUGAAGUAGAGGAAGAGGACGAUGAGACGAGCGUGCUUGAUGAUGAUGAGGUUGCUGAUGACGAAGAGGAAGAAAAAGCAGAGGAGGAAGAGCAACUCACAGAUACCGAGAUGGUCUCCGAUGACGAAGAGGAAGAAUCCCUCCAAAGGCGAUCCUCCGAAUCGCCUCUUUCAGAUGAGCCUGAAGGCUUACUGGGAGACGUGGACGCAACCUGGGAUUUCGAAACCUUCGACACCCCCAAAACGCGCACCGCUGAAGAAGAAUUCGGAGACGACUUACCACCUGAACUACCUCUCGAAAAAGACAAUGACGAAGAUCAAGUCCAAAGCGACGAAGCCGAAAGCGAAGCCGAAAGCGAAAGCGAAGACGAGGAACCCAUCAAGCCCACCAAACCCACCAAACGAAAGCCAUCCUCCUACGGCCACUACAUCGCCGCCGUCCGAGGUCAGCGACCCGGUCCCGAAGACGAACAAGAAGUCAAGGAGCUCCCAACGACGAAGCGCUCCGGCGGCUGCCUCAAGCCCGCCAACGUCAAAACAGAGAACUUCUUCCGCAUCUCUGACGCCACCGUCACGCGGAUCACGAACCAGCAGCUGCUAGAAAACCCGCAGCGGCCGACGAUUUCGUUCAUGCGAAGAGGCUAUCAGGUGUAUGUCAUGACGUAUCUGCGGCAGCCGUUGACGGAUAAGGAGAGGAAGUUGGAAGAUAUGGAGAACAUAAACUACCAGCCCGAUGAUCGUAACAAUCCUGAGGUGAGCGAGACCUUCGGUGGAGACCGAGGGUAUGAGGAGAAAUAUGACUAUAGUCCCAAUACAGAAAAAGACGACUAA